AGUAGCUUGACUUAAUAGCUUGAAGCAUAAUUUUGUGUUUUAGAUUAUCGCGGCUCGAGCCGAAUUUCAAGCUGUCGUCACUCCACCCAGUCAUCCUCAGCUUCGUGCUGUUUCUUCGCGCGACGUACUCUUUUUUCCGCGGCGUACUUUCCCGGCAGUCCAAGCAUCCAUUCUCUGCCAUGAUUCAUGUCAAAUGGGACCGGGAGACCCUGCAUUUUCCUUUGCCUCCUCCGGAGACUAAGCUCGGAAAGCUGCGGACAGACCUAGCGGAAUAUACCCACCUUCCUCUCGAUUCCUUCAAGCUCAUCCACGCCGGAGCUGUAAUGAAGGAUGAUUCUGCGCCACUGUCGGCUUAUAAAAUACGCGAAAACUCUACUAUUGCGCUAAUCGGUGGUCAUUCCCUUCCAUCUGCGCCGACGGCUGUGCCAUCGUCCAGACCAUCGCAACCCAAAGUGAAAGAGCCUCCAACAGAACAAAGCACCAUCAGUGCCAUCCGAACUGAGCUCGAACGUGUACGGGCAACGCUGGCACCAGACGUUGACGCGUUGAUUAGCGCUCUUGCUCAAUCCGCAGCCACAACCACAUCAUUUAGCCCAACACCCGAAUCAGGAAGCGCACCGCCGCAGUCAUUUAGCUCCCCUGCACAAGUUCCUCCAUUCCCCCCUCCCUAUCCUACGCCCGUAUCCUAUUCAUCGAAACCCACUUCACAGGACCACGCGCGUUUAUCCGAACUUCUCCUGCAGUCGUUGCUGCGUCUUGAUGCUAUGCACCUAGCGGGAUCGGAUUGGCCUGAUGCUCGAGCUGAACGCAAAGCUGCUGUUCGUGAGGUUCAGGGGGUGCUUGACCGGCUGGAUGGGGCUUGGUCGGCGCGGUGAGUGCUGACACGUGUAUGCAUAUGUAUGCUAGCCUGGGAUAUAUAGACGGGAGCUAGCGAGAUCCACUAUUAGAUGAUAGGUCUUGGACUCCGGAUAGCACAUACCUUAUACAGUGGAAUUUUUGAUUUUUAUCCUCAUGGUUCCACGCCUUGUCAACCCAUGCAAAUCGCACUGUGCCUUGACAGACCGAAAG